AAUUUGUAAUUUCUAGAGAAAACAAAUAAUAGUCAAUAAUGGCAUUCAAACUUAUCGCAUUCGCAGCACUUAUUGCUGUAGCUCGUGCUGGACUCAUCCCUGCCCAUGGAUACGCUGCUGCACCAGCUGUAUACUCACAUGCUGCACCAGCUGUAUACUCUCAUGCUGCACCCGCUGUAUACGCUCAUGCUGCUCCAGUAGCUGUAGCUCAUGCUGCUCCAAUUCACGCUAAAGUACUCGUUGCUGAAGCUCCAGCCAAAUACAGUUUCCAAUAUGGUGUACAUGAUUCCCACACUGGUGAUGUUAAAGAACAACAUGAAGAACGUAAUGGUGAUGCUGUCCAAGGUUACUACACUUUAAAUGAAGCUGAUGGAACCAAACGUAUUGUCCACUACACUGCUGAUGACCACAAUGGUUUCAACGCAGUCGUACAACGUGAAGGUAAACCAGUUCACCCAGUUGCCGUAAAAGCUGUAGCUCCAGUUGCAGUAGCUCAUGCUCCAGUAUACGCUCAUGCUGCUCCAUUAGCUGUAGCUCAUGCUGCACCAGCUGUAUAUGCACAUGCUGCCCCCUUAUCUGUCGCUCAUGCAGCUCCAUUAGCAUACGCUAGUCAUGGAUACCACCAUUAGAAUUAAUAAAUGUGUGAUAAUGUUGUGAUUUUGUAAAUAUGAAUGUGUGCUAAAAUAAAUAUUUUUAAAUUUUA